UGAGCCCGCGCGAUACGGAAGCGUCUCAGGGAGAAUCUCAGAUUCAGACGUGUUCAACUGAAACAGGAGUUUGUGUUGAAUCAGAAAAACCUCCGGUCAAACACAAACCGCAGCUCGUUAGCAAAUAUGCUCCGAGCAGAGACCCGCUUAAUGAAGUGACACAUUUUCCUCCGAGUUAUAGCCGCACUGAGCCAACAUGGGGACUGCUUUUGCCAUUGCCCUGGUUUUUGUCGGAUGCUGUAGCAAUGUGGUGUCUCUGGAGCUGCUCGUCAGAGAGUUUCCAGGAUGCGGCAACAUCGUCACCUUUGCUCAGUUUGUAUUCAUCGCAUUAGAGGGUUUCAUCUUUGAAACAAACUUUGGGAGAAAGAAACCAGCAAUCCCUGUGAGUAACUAUGUGAUCAUGGUGACCAUGUUCUUCACCGUCAGUGUGAUCAACAACUACGCUCUCAACUUCAAUAUCGCCAUGCCAUUACACAUGAUCUUCAGAUCGGGAUCACUAAUCGCUAACAUGAUCCUGGGAAUCAUCAUCCUGAAGAAAAGGUAUUCAGCGAGUAAAUAUCUGUCAAUAGCUUUAGUUUCAGCCGGUAUCUUCAUCUGCACCAUCAUGUCUGCCAAACAAGUGAAUGUGGCCAAUGAGGGAUCAGAGGAGCAAGGCUUUUAUGCCUUCAUGCACUGGCUUGUAGGUAUCGCCAUGUUGACCUUUGCUCUGCUGAUGUCUGCGAGGAUGGGCAUUUUCCAGGAGACACUGUACAAGCAGUACGGAAAACACUCCAAGGAAGCUCUUUUCUAUAAUCAUUGCCUGCCUCUGCCGGGCUUCCUGCUUCUCUCCACAAACAUCUACAAACACUGUGUCUUCUUCAGUCAGAGCACUCCUACAGUCAUUCCUGUGGUUGGAGUGACGAUGCCGAUAAUGUGGGUCUACCUGCUCAUCAACAUCAUCACACAGUACGUGUGCAUCCGUGGCGUUUUCAUCCUGACCACAGAGUGCGCCUCGCUGACCGUCACUCUAGUGGUGACGCUGAGAAAGUUCCUCAGCCUCAUCUUCUCCAUCAUGUACUUCCAAAACCCGUUCACUGCGUGGCACUGGGUGGGCACAGCGGUGGUGUUCCUGGGAACUCUGCUGUACACGGAGGUGCUGAGCAGCGUGUACACAGCUCUGCGUGGACCUGGCGUCAAGGAGAAGAAGGCAGAGUGAAGACGAGGAAGAGGAAGGGACUAGAAAAACAGCCACUGUGUUGGACUCGGAGAUUGUUUUUGGUUGAUUAUACUGCAGCGGUUUUAUACAGUUAAGUCAUUUUGUUUAGGUUGUGGUAAUUCCCUUACACACUCACACGCACACAGAGUUUACAGGAUAAGGCUGGUGAUAUUUUAUAUUUUAACUGUGUUAUUCUGUAUCUGAAACACAGACAAACGCAGUUAGCAACUAGCUGGUGAACAUAGUGGAGCAUUUAGCAGCUAAAGAGCCAGAUGUUUUUCUCAGGAGUUGGUGGAGACCAAAAAUGGAGCUAAAAGAGAGUAAAUAUUGGAUUUAACAUGACUCCAAAUUAAUGAUAAUAUUACUCCAUGUCUGCUGGACGUGUAAAUAUGCAACUGUUUACUAACAGUUUCACCACAUCAGCUUGAAAAGGGAUGACAUGUCAGAAGCUACAACAAUUAGUCAAUCGAAAGAAAAAUAAUUUGCAACAAGUUUCUUCUUGUUGUCAUUCUUGAAGCAAAAUUCCCAGAUAUUAGUAGUUUAAGAUUAUAAAAUGGGAGAAUUUGCUACUUUUUAAAAUUUGGUUUAACAUUUAGGUAAAUGGGGCUUUGAACUGUUUCUGAUAUUUCAGAGACAAAACUUUUAACAAAGAACAAAAAAUCUGCAGAAUAAUUGAUAAUGAAAAAUAAUAAAAUAAUUUUAAUAAUUAUAAUGAAAUAAUUGUAUUAUUUUAUUGUAUUAUUUAUUAUAUAUUAAAAAAAAAAAAUAAAUUACUUGCAGCCUUAAAAUAGUUGUAUGUGAGUGCUGAGUUCUGAGAUUGUGUGUGCUGCCCCCUGGUGGCCAGAAAACAGUUAUUGCGGCUUUAAAAUUUCUGUAAAAUGGUUAAAUAUUUUCCAGAAGCAGCUGGGCACUGACAUUUUUAAGCAAACAUCACUCACAUGGGAGCAAAUAGUGCAUUUGUUGGGGACUGUUUUCAGCUGUGGAUGAAUACACAGUGUUAAGGAUUCACUCUUUAAUAGACGCUCUGCUGCACAGAUUAGAGGAAUAAGUUAUAUUAGGCUUUGGCUUCUUGUUAAAAUGAUCAGUUCAUCGUCAGUUUUGGUCUUUAAACGGAGUUUACUAAUGAUAAAUAUAAAUAGAGGAUAUAGAGUAUCACCUGCCCUAUUCUUUAACAUUAGUACCUCAUUAGCAUUCACGGAUGCAAAAUCAUGGUGCACCUUUGUUUUUUCUGUAAUGUUAUUUCAAUAUUUAUUUUCAAAGAUGACAGCUGAUUUACUUUAUAUUAACAUCAGUAGGAUUACAGUGAACACGCUUAAGUGAUGCUGGAUGGAUAAAAUAUGUUCAUGUUAAAGGAGCAGCUGGAACCUGAGUAUACAUUGGGAUCAUUUAUGGAGCUCAUGUUUAGGCUGUUUUGUUUUCUCAUGUGUCAACAUGUCUCAGGUGUAUCGGACCAGUAUGUCAACAGAAAACAUCAAUAAAUCUUUACACUCCCUGCCAA